CCUGCCCAUGAAUCUCUGGCGCGUCUCUAGCUCGCUCGCCGCUCGCCUCCCGCCUCCCUUUCUCCCCCUCCAGCUCCGCGGGCUCCGUGCGCCUCUCCCUCUCCCUUUCGGUCCUCCCGCUGCCCGUCUCUCUCCACAGCCCGCCUCUCGCCACUGCCUCCCGUCUUCUCUCCCUCACGGCAGCCUCGGUCUCUUUCUCCCUCUCUCCUUUGAAAACUGAUCUUUGGCUCUUAGUGUGAAAGUGAUUUGAAUUUGGCUCGGCGGCGCUCUGCGCCUGCGCCCAGCCUCUGGCAUGCUGGCUCCUUCCAAGCAGCUGUUUUGGGUUUGAAAUUCCAACAUGGCAGAGGCUGCAGUCCGUCUUCCCUUCAAAAACUUGGAAUGAUUUCAAAUCAUAGGCACCUUCACUUAACCCUAGCUUCCAUUCAUCAGCAAACACAUCGGAUCGAUGCUACGCUAACCUAUCGGGUUUUCGCUCCGCGCGUUCAGGUUAAAUGAAUACCUGACGAAAGGGCCCACGUUUCAAGGCAGUGACAUUUGAUAGCUGAGAGGAAAAGUGGCUUUAAUGAAAAGCAACCUUUGGAAUUCCUGCUUGUGAGAAAUCCAAUUCAGCUUUUUGUGCUGCCAGCAAGAAAUGAUCAGUAGCACCAGUGUUUAUGAGUCUCAACAACAGAACUGAGAGGCAGAAAGGAGCCAGUUGUAAUUCAUACCGAGUUGUAGGCUUUGUGCGAUGAAAGCGAUGGAGCGCUGCCUGGGAGAUUGCUUUGCUGCACUCCACGAAGCAGAUUUGAAACUGUCGUGGACCACUUUAGAUGAGAGUUGGAUUAUGGAAUGACCUGCUAUGUCUGUGUCAUAUUGUUCUGUGCAGGGAGCAUUAUACUGUGCUAACUAGGUGUUCAGUACCAAAUAAGAGAGGUAUCCUAGAUGUGAUCUGUCAGCUGUGUCUCAUUUUUAUAUUGGUUAAAAUAUAAAACAGAAACAGUGAUGUGAAGAGACAGACCAGCUAGAUUUUACACAUAUUAAUACUAUCAUGUGCUGGAUAUUUUAAAUGUGUGCAUAUUCUACUGUAAGAACCUGUGAUUGAAUUCUAAUUUGACAGGAAUGUGUGUGUACAUAUAUAUGUGUUUCUAUGUGUGUGUAGCAAGUAACUUUACAGGCUUAGCAGAGAUAAAUUUGCUUCUUACUUAAAAAUGGGAGGAAAAAAAAGUAGGUCUUCUACAGUUUUCAUUUAAAUUCAGUUUACUUUUUAUACAGGGCUGAAAUUCAGUCCCUUUUAAAGUGUGUGCAUCGUAGAGACCGUAAUAGGUAUUAUAAGCUGUAGAAAUCCUUUAUAUUGUUGACAUCAUUGGUGGAAAAUAAUAGGUAACAAAAGAAAUUGUGGGGAAAAAGCUUUAACAGUUCUGAUGAGUAUCUAAGUAAAUUAACUUUCCCCUCUCCCCCCAAAUCCUUAGGCUUGAAGAUGCAGUGGACGCCGGAGCAUGCCCAGUGGCCAGAACAGCACUUUGACAUCACCUCCACCACUCGGUCUCCUGCCCACAAAGUUGAAGCCUACAGAGGUCAUUUGCAGCGCACCUACCAGUAUGCCUGGGCAAAUGAUGACAUAUCUGCUCUGACUGCAUCCAACCUACUAAAAAAAUAUGCAGAGAAGUAUUCUGGCAUUUUGGAAGGCCCUGUGGACCGACCUGUACUCAGCAACUACUCAGAUGCACCAUCAGGACUGGUGAACGGUCGGAAAAACGAAGGCGAACCCUGGCAGCCUUCCUUAAAUUCAGAUGCUGUUUAUCCCAUGAACUGUGUUCCAGAUGUUAUCACUGCCAGCAAAGCUGGAGUCAGUUCAGCCCUCCCUCCAGCAGAUGUCUCUGCAAGUAUAGGGAGCUCUCCUGGGGUGGCCAGCAACCUGACAGAACCUAGUUAUUCGAGUAGUACCUGUGGAAGCCACACUGUACCUAGUCUUCAUACAGGGCUCCCAUCUCAGGAAUAUGCCCCGGGAUACAACGGCUCAUAUCUGCAUUCUGCUUACAGUAGCCAGCCAGCACCUGCACUUCCUUCCCCACAUCCGUCUCCUUUGCAUAGCUCUGGGCUCCUACAGCCACCACCACCACCUCCUCCGCCACCAGCCCUGGUCCCAGGCUACAAUGGGACUUCUAACCUCUCCAGUUACAGCUACCCCUCUGCUAGCUAUCCUCCUCAGACUGCUGUGGGAUCUGGGUACAGCCCUGGGGGUGCUCCCCCUCCUCCUUCAGCAUACCUGCCUUCAGGAAUUCCUGCUCCCACCCCCCUGCCCCCCACCACUGUUCCUGGCUACACCUACCAGGGUCACGGUUUGACGCCUAUCGCACCCUCGGCUCUGACAAACAGUUCGGCUAGUUCUCUCAAAAGGAAAGCUUUCUAUAUGGCAGGGCAAGGAGACAUGGACUCCAGUUAUGGAAAUUACAGCUAUGGCCAACAGAGAUCUACACAGAGUCCUAUGUACAGAAUGCCCGACAACAGCAUUUCAAACUCAAAUCGGGGGAAUGGCUUUGACAGAAGUGCUGAAACAUCAUCCUUAGCAUUUAAGCCAACGAAGCAGCUAAUGUCCUCUGAACAGCAAAGGAAAUUCAGCAGUCAGUCCAGUAGGGCUCUGACCCCUCCUUCCUAUAGUACUGCUAAAAAUUCAUUGGGAUCAAGAUCCAGUGAAUCCUUUGGGAAGUACACGUCGCCAGUAAUGAGUGAGCAUGGGGACGAGCACAGGCAGCUCCUCUCUCACCCAAUGCAAGGUCCUGGACUCCGUGCAGCUACCUCAUCCAACCACUCUGUGGACGAGCAACUGAAGAAUACUGACACGCACCUCAUUGACCUGGUAACCAAUGAGAUUAUCACCCAAGGACCGCCAGUGGACUGGAAUGACAUUGCUGGUCUUGACCUGGUAAAGGCUGUCAUUAAAGAGGAGGUUUUAUGGCCAGUGUUGAGGUCAGAUGCAUUCAGUGGGCUGACUGCCUUACCUCGGAGCAUCCUUUUCUUUGGACCUCGGGGAACAGGCAAAACAUUAUUGGGCAGAUGCAUAGCUAGUCAGCUGGGGGCCACAUUUUUCAAAAUCGCUGGUUCUGGACUUGUCGCCAAGUGGUUAGGAGAAGCAGAGAAAAUUAUCCAUGCCUCUUUCCUUGUGGCCAGAUGUCGCCAGCCCUCAGUGAUUUUUGUUAGUGACAUUGACAUGCUUCUCUCCUCUCAAGUGAGUGAGGAACACAGUCCAGUCAGUCGGAUGAGAACCGAAUUUCUGAUGCAGCUGGACACUGUACUAACUUCAGCUGAGGACCAAAUCGUAGUAAUUUGUGCCACCAGUAAACCAGAAGAAAUAGAUGAAUCUCUUCGGAGGUACUUCAUGAAACGACUUUUAAUCCCACUUCCUGACAGCACAGCGAGGCACCAGAUCAUAGUACAACUGCUCUCACAGCACAAUUACUGUCUCAAUGACAAGGAGUUUGCACUGCUUGUCCAGCGCACAGAAGGCUUUUCUGGACUAGAUGUGGCUCAUUUGUGUCAGGAAGCAGCAGUGGGCCCCCUCCAUGCCAUGCCAGCCACAGACCUUUCAGCCAUUAUGCCCAGCCAGUUGAGGCCCAUUACAUAUCAAGACUUUGAAAAUGCUUUCUGCAAGAUUCAGCCUAGCAUAUCUCAAAAAGAGCUUGAUAUGUAUGUUGAAUGGAACAAAAUGUUUGGUUGCAGUCAGUGAUAACUUCAUUAAAAAAAAAGUCAUGAAUGUUGGCACACACACAUAAAACCUGCUACAUAGGGUAUAGAGCCCCUUUCCAGUAGUGUUUAAAUCGCAAAGGGUACUGGGGAAGAAGACGAUUAAGUUGCAUCUUUAGCGUCAGGGUAGAUUUGGAGGAGAAAAUGCAUCCAACGAGAGCUUCUGAUUUGAAAGCCCCAGAUGACAGAAAGCAUCUGCUGAUGUUCAUUCGGUUCAAGCUAGACAACACUCACCAAGGAGCAAGGUGCAAGUGUGUUGAUUUCAGAAGGACAUGAACCUCGUGUGUUGAUUCCAUUCUGCUGUUCUCGAGAUUUAGUUGCUGUCAAGUGCCUGGAGUGGUGCUUUCUUUUUUGUUUGCCUCACAAUUACAUUGGUGGCAUGUGCUAAUAUAAAGAGCUUUAACUUCAAACAUUAUUGGACUAAAGAGAUGAACAGUUGUGUUACGACAGAAAACCAGAUUUUUGCCAUUUUAAGAGCAACAGUAUUCCUCAAUCCUGUCUGUUCUGCAGUAUUAAGCUAAGAACAGGUAAAACAGGGUAACGGUAAUCUGGACCUUAAUUUCUGCAGUUCAUUUCUUUUAAUGUUCUUGUCUGCAAAAACUCAGGAAAGUGAUUGUGAUUUGUACAGUACCUCAAAGGAAUGUGUUGAAAGCACUAUGUACUGCUGAGAGUAAUGGGAUAGGCUUCAAUGUUACUUUAUAUUAAAAUGUAUGUUUACCUCAACGAUUGGAAAAUAGCAAGGAAAAUUACUUUGAAUGUAUCUGGAAAAAUACUGAUGUGUGAUACAACUGAAUAUUUACGAUUUAAAGUAGAAACGGAAGGAUUUUUUUUUUAAGGUUCUUUCACUAAUUAUGGGGAAUUAACCAGAGCAGAAUAAUUCUUUAUGUCAAUAACUGCAAGAGUUCUUCGUACAUUGCUCCUUGAAAAUGAAGUGUAAAUGUUCUUAAAAGGUACACUGGUUAAUGGAAAGCUACUUAUUCAGUUUGUGUUAGUGUCUAGAACAGUCAGCCACAAGACCUGUUUAGGAACCUGAAAGUCAGUACCUAAAAACUAGGACUGCCUUUUCCUGCAGACAUGGUAAUGGUGGUGGUGGUGGUUUGCAAGUUCUCUCGGAAAACUGCUGGGAAUGGUGUCAUUCUUUUCACUAUAAUCUAGCUUAUAGGCUUGCCGUGCUGUUUGACAGAAUGCAGAAGAUAGCAACCAAAACAAACAAGCAAACAAAUAAUUACAAAAACAACCAACCAACUUAUAUAUAUAUCCGCAAAGAACAUCUACAUCCCCCCCCCCUUCUUUUUGACUCUUCUCUUGUCAGUGCAAUUCUGCUUCUCAUUUUGAAAUCUUCUGGGCUGUAGUGCUCCCACAUUCAUUUCUACCUCAGUUUUGUUACAUUUCUCUUGGAUAGUCAAGUAGAAAAUUAGAAGUGGACACCACACACACACACACACACAAUAUAGCAUGCCAAACAUGUUACUUUGUUUUCUUCCAUCUUUUCCCAUAAAUCUAGUUUCCAAAAAACAUCAGUCUCAUGCUUACUUCUACCCAAGUCCACCCCCAUCCCAACAGUAUAUGUGGCAUUUUUCUUAAUUUCCCAUUCCUCUCCUGCUCCCCACCAAGUUGUUCUUUGUAUCCUUUAAUGCUUUAUGUGCAACUUUUCAUUGCUAGCUGACUGAUGUUUGGCAAGGCCUCUGAACAGACACAGUGUAGGCUGUAGCUUUCCAAAGCCUCUGCCCGUGCAUAAGCAGAACAGCCUGGCUUUUUGAAUGUAUUUUUCCUGUUUUUUUUUUUCCCUCUUCCUUUUUUUUAGUUGAGAGAUGCAGUAACAGAACUGUUGCAAAGCACUGGCAUUUUAUGUAUUCAAAAAGUGAUGUACAUUUUUAAAAAUUUUAAAUAAAUGCAAUGAGAAGCCCCAAGAAAGGUCUUUCUGUUUUGUUUUCCUUCAAAAAUUUUUACUGAUUUCAUCCACAAUGUCAAAUUCUCUGAGACACUUAACAUAGAGAAAGCAUUGAAGGACUUCAUGAUAUUUCUGAAAUUUUAUGAUGCUUGAUCUAUACUCCCCUUUUUUCUUAUUUUUCUUGUUGCUAAAAACUGAGCAAAUGAAUCAGAAUUUAAUUUACUAUGAUUUUCUAUCAAUUAAGACUGUUCCUACAUAUAGAUAUUCCAUAUUAAAAAGCAGUGCCUUUCAUUAAGGAUACAAAAAAUAAUAUUUAAGUAUGUCCUCUGCUUUCCACAAGUGAAUCAGCACUACAGCUGUGUUCUGGCUCUACCCUGUACACGUCCCUUACUAUAAGGAAAUUCUAAUAUCCCCAUUAACUUGUAGGUUCAUAUUGAUCUCACUGACAAGUUUGCUUUUGCACAGUGCUGACCUAUUUUCCAUCCUUUAGACAUCACAUUUUCACUUCCACCAACUUGCUGUGUUCACUUAAAAGCAACUGGCAAGUUUUGACAAACCCAAUCUUAUUUAGACAACUUUGGCGAAUCCAGUAUUUACCCACAUUUUUGUGGCUAGUAAGAGUUAAUGCCAAAUAUAUGACUGCACUAUUGUGUUUUACACUCAUUUAUAAAACUGAAAAUAAAGUCAUGCAUUAUUGCUUUUAGCUUUAUAUGACUUAAAAAUUACUUUGAGGUAUGAGUGGUCAAAAAUCCGUGUAUUUAGGCAGAAGCUGAAGUGUGUGAAUUUCAUUUAGCCUCACGAAUUCUAGGGUUUGAUUUCUUAGGAAAUCGGGCAUGCUGAAGAAAUGAAGAUCUGUUGGGGGAGAUAAGGCUGACCUUGGAGUAGGUAGUGCUCUCCUGUGAGUCUUUGAUUCUGCAUGGCAGCAUUAGGAGCUCUUCUAUGGAGCAGCCUAAUAAUGAGGUCUUUUCUGACCAUCCUUUCUGGAGCUUGGGGUGGGAGUGGGGUACCACAUCCUGAGAAGUGAAUGUGUACAAUCAGUGAUAGUACAACUGAGUAAUCAGGGCUCAUACUCUCGGCCUCUUUUUGACUGCUAAGAAUUUGAAGAAGGCUACUAAUGAAGGUAAGGUAAUGAGCCAGUCCAAAUCCCUUGCCGUCUGGCCAGGGGAUUUAAGCCAGUCCACUUAACAGCCUCUAUUCCCUUCUUCACAACUGCAAUCACAUUUCCAACAGGGACAAAAAGGAACUGAAGGAAACUACUUCAGUAGAAGGAUCAAUAGAAAUUCAAGAGGUAGUUCAUAAUGACCUUAUGUGUGACACGAAUGGAAAUACUCUACACUUCUGGCAUGCUUCUCACCAAAAUAUUUAGAACAUUAGUGACAAUAUAGAAAACUUUGCUGACUGAGCUGAUCAAUGGAAUGUGAAGGCAGUAUACUUUAAGGCUAUUUACUUUCACACAGAAUGUUUAUCUAUUAGUCAGUUUAUAUUCUACUCAAAUGCAGAUAGACGGGUAUAAUGUUUUCUUGUGCAUUUGAAACCUAUCAAGGAGAAAAUAAACCAUUCCACUAAAAUACAGAGGCGAAACACCAUCUGGGCAAGUGAUAAAAGCUAUCCAGAGGCUAUGCUAUGUAAAAUAGCAAGGUCAAAUUACAUCGGUUGCAUAGUACUUGGCUAUGCAAUUUUCAAAAGAAUACAUCCAAAAAAGUCCAAAUUAAUUCCCACAAUAGGUCUUUGUAAAUUUAAAUAUAUUUGUGGGUUGGAAAAUAUGUUUUAGAGGCAUUUAGAAUUUCUCUGAAAAUGUGUCCAACUCCAAGCAGAAAGAUACUUCUAUAAUCCCAUUUUCAUGUUUUUUAGCAAGAAUUGGGUAUCAUGAUCAUUGAAACUAUUUUGCAAAGUGAAAGGGACACGGUUUGUUGAAUUAUUGAGGCCACUAAAGUAAAGUUCUAAUAUAUAUAUAUAUAAAAUUAGUGUGUAUGAUGUGUCUGUGUGUGUGCUGUUUUCACCACCAACUAUUUGAACUUUAAAACUGUCAAUUUUACAUUAUUCAGAAGCAACUGGUUGCUUCCUCUUCAUAUAUGCAGAGAUAUAUAUACAUGACCACUUAACAAUUCAAAGUGUUUUAAUAUGUUUUUUCUUUUGAAAAGUAAAGCCUCCAGUUGUUGAAUCACCUGCUGAUUUUCAUAUGAAGCACAUUAGCAAACAUGGAGCUAUUAGUAUUUCAGAAUUCAAAACCGGCUGUACUUGUGACUAACCCACACAUGCACUGAAGCUCACACUCUGCUAAGACCUCUGGUUGACAUUCGAUUUUGAACCUGCCAGAUGCAUUUGUGUGAACCAGGGAUACUGCAUCUUUAAUGAACAAGUCUCUCCUCUUUCCCCUGUUUUUAAAUACAACACAAGCAGUGUAGCACUAGGCACUGCAAUUGUCAAAGACAAUUAGACUGAAAGCAGGAAAAUUUCACCUCCCUGUCUCAGUGAUAUGUAGAAUGUCGGCAGCAUGGGUCAGCCUUGCCACAGAGUUGUGUGAGAAUAUAUGAAUCAAUCCUAUAGAAUGUUAAAUAUUUAUAAAAUGGUUCUGUUGUACACCAAGGUUGGGAGCACAUUCAUUCUUUCUUGUUGUCUUACAAUACAAAAAAGGCUAAAGUUUAUUUCCAGGCUUAAAACUCAUUCAUUCUUUCUCUCUUUCUCUCUCUCUCUCUCUCUCUCAUGUGUGUGGCUGUGUGUGUGUGUGUCUGUGCGUGUGUUUCCUUGUGGAUUAUAUACAGUUGUUAGAGAAUAUUCAUUUCGUUUUUUUUUU